GUUCAUCAGGCAUGUUUGGUACACCUGAGCCACUGCUUCAGGUCGCUGUCUCAUUUUGGCAUCCAUCUGUCCAUUCUACCUUAUCGAACGACCAAGCUGGAAGAGCUCCAGUUGUUUCCAGCAAACACGCACUGCUACUGUUUUACUGCAAAGGCCAUGUCUGCCUCAGGCCAGCUGUAAUUUGAUUAAUCCACCGAAAGGGUAGCCAGACGAAUUGUUGCAGGGAGGGGGGUUGAACAGCUUUUGAAGACAUGGAGACUUUAGUCUUUUUAUUUUCAUUUUCUGCCCUUGGCAUUCUUUAUGUCAUGAACACCAUUCCCGAGUUUCAAGAGCCUUAUGUGAUCCUGGAGAUCGGUGUCGCUGUGUUGGUGAUUGUGUUUCUGUUCUACUUCCUCAUCACUCGUGGCAACCCACCCAAAGACGCCUUAUUCUUUGUUUUUGCUGAAUUUUCUUUUACUUGUGUCAUUGACUUGACGAGUGCCUUGGAAUAUGAUGGCAUUAUUUCUGGCUUUAUGGACUUCUACCAGAAGACAGGAGAGCCCUAUCUGGGAACAGCUUAUGCCAUCAUGAUGUGCUACUGGGAUGGAAUAGCACACUUUAUCAUGUACCUGGUGAUGAUCAGCAGGAUAACAGAUAGGAAAGCCUAUCGCACCCUCGGCUUGUUGUGGGCUGGCUCUUUGUGUGCCAACAUGAGUGUGUUCAUUGCUGGGAUUGUGGCAGGUAAAUAUGGGUCAGAGAUUCGUCCAGCUUUCUGGCUCAACUUUCUCUUCCUCUUGAUGCCUGUGUUGGGAGCUGUCACACUAUUCACAAGGCCCAAGGACAGACCACUAAUCGGUGGAUACAAUGCACAGCAUGCUCAGAGCAUGAAACUGAUCUGGCGUCCCUUAGACCUGAUCCUGGUGCUGCUCCUGUUAGCUGCCAUCGCCUUCACCAUCCUCAGAGGCUUGGUGGCUCUGGACUCGCCACUGGAGACCUGCUCUAUCUACUUGAGAGAAUAUGAACCCUACCUGAAGGAUCCCGUGGGCUACCCCAGAGUCAUGAUGCUGCACUUGUUCUUUUAUGGACUACCCCUGUUGGGUGCAUUUGUUUAUGGUCUCCUCAAGCCCGGGUGCACAUGGAUGUCAGACUGGACGGUGUUCUUUGCCGGAGCCAUGAGUCAGUGCCAGUGGGCCCAUAUUGGAGGGUCCCUCCAUCCUCGUACCACAGCUACAUUUCGUAUCCCUAAUGAUGUUUUCUGGUGUGUGCUGGCAGCUAACUUGCUCUACGCUGCCACUCCCAUCCUGGUGGCCUUGCGGGUUCAUAGUAACCCCUAUUUCUUCCUGAAGAUCGCUCCCUUCCCUGGGCAAACAGGUUUGCCAAACAGUGAGGAGAAAGAUACCAAGUAUAAAGACAAAUAG